AUGGUUUCAGCUCACCUUUUGCGCGCCCGCCAAAGUGGCCGAGCCAGUCAAUACCUCCACUCCCAGUUCAAGUGCCGGUCACUGAAUUCCUUAUCAAACUUCCUCUACAAUGGCAUUAGACUUCCGCGACUACAGAUCUUUUCAACAUACUCCCCUCAAUUGCAAGCAGAUCUGGAACGAACUCGGAAUAUUGGUAUCAUUGCGCAUAUUGAUGCGGGCAAGACGACAACCACAGAGCGCAUGCUCUACUAUAGCGGAUUCACACGACGGCUGGGAGAUGUGGAUGAGGGCUCUACAGUUACGGACUUCCUUCCUGCAGAACGCGCGCGAGGCAUCACCAUUCAAUCCGCUGCUAUAACCUUCCACUGGCCGCCCGGAGAGAGCAACAACACUCAGGUAGACCCGCAAGGUCCCAAGUCGGCAUCCCCGCAUCUAGUGAACCUAAUCGACACUCCGGGACACGCGGACUUUACCUUCGAGGUGCUGCGGUCGUUGCGCAUCCUGGAUGGCGCAGUGUGUAUUUUAGACGGCGUGGCUGGUGUCGAGGCGCAAACCGAGCAGGUCUGGCACCAAGCGAGCACAUACAAUAUUCCGCGAAUUGUAUAUAUCAACAAGUUAGACAGAGACGGUGCGGCUUUUGGACGAACGGUGCGAGAAGUCGGCUCUCGGCUGGGAGGAUGGCCAGCUGUAUGCCAGAUUCCGUGGUUCGAGGGAGGCAAUGGGCGGUUCUGCGGUGUUGCAGAUGUCAUAAAUUUACAUGGAUUGCGCUGGGAAGGAGGCGAUGGCAAAUCCGUGAAAAGAUUCAGUCUUCAAGAACUGAACGAAGUCGAGGUUCCGCUCGCACAGGAGCUCCGAUUAGCUCGCAUAGCUCUGGUCGAGCUGUUAAGUGAACACGACGACACUAUGGUGGAGAAGUUCCUGGAAUCUGAUGAGGACCACCUUCUAGUCGCCCCUCAGGACAUACUAGACAGCCUACGUCGUUGUCUGUUGGAGGGCAAAGGUAGAAAGAUUAUCCCUGUCUUUGCCGGUGCCAGUUUCCGCAACAUCGGAGUCCAGCCGCUACUCGACAAUGUUGUGAACUUGCUGCCCAGUCCAACCGAGACGCCAGACCCGGAGGUUAGCAUCGGAGGCGUGAAAGGGAGUCUCCGACAGUUGCUAUCCGGCGACCUAAUCGUGGAACAGAAGGAGAAGGAAACACCGGCCAAGCAGAAGAAAAAGUCCGCUCUGGUAGCUGAUAGUCAAAGCGCCAUUGAGCAGCUUCAUGGCUGUGCACUCGCUUUCAAAGUGGUCAACGACGCGAAACGAGGUGUUUUGGUCUAUGUCCGUGUCUACUCCGGGUCAUUGGAUAAAGGCAGUCUGUUGUUCAACACCAAUCUGAACGUCUCAGAGCGUGCGCCGCGUUUGCUGAAGAUGUACGCCAAUGAUGCAGUUGAUGUGGACUCCAUACCCGAAGGACACAUUGGAGUCGUGGUAGGCCUCAAGCACACCCGCACCGGAGACACGCUUGUAGCUUCUACAGGCAACAAGGCGAACCCUCCUGAGCCAUUGAAUACUCUCCAGCUACGCCCCAUCCACGUGCCGCCACCGGUCUUCUUCGCCAGUGUCGAACCACACAGCCUAAGUGAGGAGAAACGAAUGCAGGAGUCGCUUGCUAUGCUUCUUCGCGAAGACCCUAGUCUCCAUGUGAGCGUCGACGAAGACUCUGGGCAGACCCUUCUUAGCGGCAUGGGAGAGCUGCACCUAGAGAUCGCGCGCGAUCGACUUAUUAACGACCUGAAAGCCAAAGCCUCCAUGGGUCGCAUCGAGAUCGGCUACCGUGAAUGCCCCCUCGGCCCCUCCGGCCCAGUCACCAAGAUCUUUGACAAGGAAAUCGCCGGCCGCAAAGGCAAAGCUGGCUGCACGGCACUCGUGGAAGUCUACGACCCCGAAUCCUCACCCGCGCCAGACCCACAUGCGCUCUCCGUCCAAACAGUAAACGGAAAUCAAAUCAUCGUCCUCGCCCCCGAACUCCAAGUAUCAAUCAACAAAAAGGGCCUCGAAGAAAGCCCCUUCCUCCCCGCAGGCCUCGACGUCGAAACCGUCCGCACGUCCCUCCAAAAUGGGUGCGUCGCGGCGCUCGCCCGCGGGCCCCAAUUCACCUUCCCCAUGCACAACACUCGCAUUACUCUAACCCUCCACCCUGAAACCCACAUCUUCGGCAGCGACACGACAGCCGCAUCGCUCUCCGCCGCCUCCCGCCUCGCAACCUCUAAUGCCCUUUCAAAUCUCCUCCACAACCCCGCCGGCGUCCCCAGUGGAUCCCCAGGAACUUCGCUCAUGGAGCCUGUCAUGAACGUCAUCAUCAGCAUUGAUGAAGCCUCUCUCGGCGCAGUUGUCCACGACAUCUCCUCCUCGCGCGGUGGCCACAUCGUCUCGUUAGACGAAGACCUCCCCAUCACAUCCACCGACCUCUCAGAAUCCAAGAACUUAGACAUAGAAUCCGACUUCGAUACCGACCUCCCUCCCAUCAACCCCUCGAGAAUCUAUGCGCCCCCAGAUCCGUUCCAGUCCCCGACUGUGGUUGGAGCUGGUUUGCCCACGGACUCGGGGAACAGACCGCGUACCAUCACUGCCAAGGUCCCGUUGAAGGAGAUGGUUGGGUACCUGAAGCAUUUGCGGAGUUUGAGUGCGGGGAGGGGCACGUUCGUCAUGAGUGUUGAUCGGUUCGAGAAGAUGAGUGCGCCGAGACAGAAGGCUGUCCUGGCGGACUUGAGAGGCGGGUAUUAA